GCGAGAAAAACAGCCGAUGCAGACCUCGUUUACAGGAUCUGACAUCGACCAGUAAUCAACCCCAGGGCUGGAAUAUCUCCACCGGACAUCAGCCUGCACCAACACAACCCCGUGUGACAGGAGAUAUGAGCAGAGUGUGAAUGUGCUAGUGCUGUUUGCGUGAUUGUUAUUGUGGUGGUGGCGGUGGUGGUGAUGGAGAAUACCGAGGAGCUGUCGCCCCUCCGGAUCACCCCUACAGUCCGGGCUCUGAGCUCCGCGCUGCGGGGCAAGCGUGAAAAUGUCCCCGAACCGAGCCGAGGGAACGGCGACAGGGUUUUCCCCGAACCGGAGAAGCUUUGGUUCAAGGAGAGCAGCGCUAAAAACCUCCGGAGCAGAGACUUCUUGUCUCCGACCACGAUGCUCAACACGCUGUAUGCGGACGGACAGGUCCCCCCUGCAGUGAUGUCCAGAGUCCUGUCCCUGCGUGGCAGCGGGGUUCUCCCCGUGGCCGGCGGGGAGGUGAUGGGUGAAGGUCUGAGGGUGCGGGUGGACCGCGCCGCAGCCUUCGGGGCUGUGCUGGCGGGUGGAGCCACGGAGUACCUGAAGCCCUCGAGUCAGAGGCAGGGCUGUGUGGUGCUCAACUGCCCCGCGCUGCACCCCAAACCCAAAACACCCACUCCGGAUUCGCUGAGUCUGGGCCAGCUGAGGACCGUCCUGUUGGCUGACCACAUGGGGGCGCUGCUGAGAAGACAGGGAUUUGGGGUGUCCUACUGCCCAACGCUUCCUGAAGACAGCGACAUCAUCACCUUCCUGCGAGCCCUCGGGAUCGAUUGGCCGACGGCUCCAGCCAACUGGACCAAUGAGGAGCGGGAGGAGAAGAUCCAGGAGGCGCUAGAGGGAUCUCAGUAUAAAGAGAGGGAAACGGAGAGAGGCAGGCGGACCAGCGGAGGAGGAGGAGGAGGUGGAGGAGGAGGAGGGAGGAAAGCGGACGAGGGGGAGAAUGAGGGCGCGCUCAGGGUGAACUUGAAGCGAGUUUUCCAGGAGGAGGGCCUGCAGGGAUACGACCCCAGCCUGGGCACCUGCACAGUUCACAGUGACAGCGUUUCCCACCUGGCGCAACUGGACCUAUGCACAGCUGACUGCACGGUAGCCACGGUGACAGCGUUACAUGUCACUUCCUGUCAGGACGAGUUCCGCCAGCAGCAGAUAGCCAUGCUGUGGAGAGCCAGCGGAGCGACGCACACUCAGAGACAUGUUGUGUGUGGGCCCGUGAAGACUCCUGGCUCUCACCUCACCGCUGCACAGUACCUGCAGCUGAGAAGAGGCCAGAUGAAGGAGGCGUCGGAGAUGAAGUACGGUGAUCAAGUAGAAGGUCAGACGUGGGAUAACAUCAUUAAGGUUAUGACCUCGGCCACGGUCAGAUUUGAGCUGCUGUCGACGGUCCACACUAGUCCUGUGACGCUGGACGUCCAGAAGGAAGGAGGCGUGUCGACCAAGGGGCCGAGAGGAGGGGUGUUCGUGAUGUACAACUGCGCCAGACUGCACACUUUGUUCGACAGCUACGAGAGAGGCGUGGAGAAGGGUCUGUACCCAGAAAUCCCAGAAGCCUCCCAGCUCGACUUCUCUGCUCUGAAAGAAGAGGGCGAGUGGCUUCUCCUGUUCAAUUACCUCAUCCCGUUCUCCGAGCUGCUCGACCAAUCAGGACAGGCGCUAGACUGUGAAGGGGGAGGGGCCAGAGUUAACAUUAAGACCGAGCAGAUCUGUAAAUUCCUGGUGUCUCUCAGUAAAGACUUCAGCUCGUACUACAACAGAGUCCACGUCCUGGGGGAGCCGUUGCCUCAUCUUUUCAACCAGAUGUUCUGUCGUCUCCACCUGCUGAGAGCUUUGAGGGAGCUCUACCACAGCGCUCUGGACACCCUUAACCUCCCCCCCAUCAGGCAGCUAUAGCCCCGCCCCCAUUCACUCAGUAUAACCCCUCCCACUGGCUCCUCCCCCACACACUCACCUUCCUACCUACAUGUAGUGUAUCUAGCAGACACAUUCUCACCUUUUAGGCAAUGCUACAGGACAUUCCUCCUGCCCCCUCCCCCUCCUCUCAUAAUUAGUUUAAAUAUUUUUAAUCCCUCACUACAGAUCCAUAAUAGAGCGUAAGCUACACUUUUAUUAUAACCUGGGUACCACUCAGGCGACCAUAUGGUAAUUAUGAAGCUGCGACAAGCAGCUGGUUAGCUGAGAUCAGCUCGAGAGAUUUGUGUCGACUCAUUUUAGAGCUCAGUGUGUUUAAUCCGUACAAAAACUUUAAGGGUUAAUCUUUUUAGGGGAGGAUACUGGUGGUAUGAAUCUCAUCCUCUAGCAAGUAAGAAACCGGUCAAUGCAAACCCUGCCGGAGCAUGAUUAACAUGUUUGACCAGUGUGAUCACUACAUAAUGUUCAGCAUAGGCUUGAAGAGGUUGGUUAGAUUAAUUAAACCAUGGGUUCCACUGUAGUAAAUGCGCAGCUCUUAUUUUCUCAAUUUUCUUCAACACAAAAGGUGAUAGCGUACGAUAUGUAUACAAUUUUAGCCGAGAACAUUAAUGUGUAAAGAGAGAACACGCCACCAGGGGGAGCCAAUUAAUCCGUUCCCAAUGGAGAGACCCAGUAUUUUAUUGGUAGGGGGAAAGUCGGACCUAGCUUUCAGGUCAGCUCUACUUUAUUCAGUACCUUUAUACGACCCAUGCUGGACUUUUACUACGCUUUUCGUGCCAAAAUAACAUUAGUGUGGACGUCCCAUCUAAACGGUAGUUUCUAAACCCGCCUUAUAAUGAUCUCAGAACCCUCCAUACUCCACUGCCUGAAGAAAAGCUCUUUUUACGAUGCUUUGACCCCCGUCUCAUGUAUCUUAACCUCCCUGUAUUUAUCAAUGCCAUGCAAAUAUUUAUUGUCGGUUUAAAAAAAAAAAAACAAAAAAAUUAAAAACAGAGAGAGAGGUCUGUACAGAAGAUAUAUUCUGCACCUGAGUCUUAAUUGAUGUGUUCCUAUGAUUAUCCAGAGCCCUUCAAUUAGUCCCAGUUAUCCUGCUUGACAAAUCACAGGUGUUAGUAUAACAUUGACAGAAAUAGUACGUCGGUAGUAUUUAGAGCAUUGUGCCAGAAUUUUAGGAAACGCAUGAAAAUAAUAUAUGUAUAUGAGUUUUAUGCCAAAAAAAAAAUGUUAUUUAUA